AUGGACGAUGGAGUACUCCGCCCGCGCAUGGAAUGGAACGGACGCGCAGAUCGAGGACGAGCUGGACAACAUCAGGACGCCGUUGUGGGAACGCGCCAUCCCAUCUUCCAUGCCAACGAGGAGACCAAGGACGACAGUACCGAGACGACAGGAAUGGUAGCCAGGAGCAUGGAGAUCGAACGCGGAGUGGAUAGAAGGCAAGAUGGUGGCAGCUCUUGCCAACUUGAAGCCCCAGCUAGCAGCGUUCACUUCAUGCAUCGUAAGAAAUUACUGUUUUUGAAAGUUUCUCUCCUUGAUCGUGCUGCCGCGCAUUUGCGUGCCCAGAGUGAGAAGGCCGAAGAGUUUGCCCGUCAACAUCCUGACGAGCAGGGCGAAUUCCCCUACCUCCAACAGAUUCAGAGCCACUGGGACGCUAGUGAACUGGAUCAACUUUUGGAGGAGGCCGAUAUUCUCCGUCUACGUCUCGAUGUUGCGAUCAAACUCUUGCCGAGCUCAGAGGCCUUGUAUUCUUUUCAUGCUUCGACUGUUCCUCCCUCUUUUUCAUCUGUUACUUUUUCACCGCACCCGGCCCAAGACCCUAGUUCGACCGAUCAGCAGCCCGCGCAGGAUGUGAGAGCGGAAAUCCGGAGCCACUCUUCAUCCCACGAUCAGGAUCGUCCAUCAGAACCUGUCGCUGCCGCGCCAGCUGAUACCUUACUACCAGCACGCGCAUCUAGCGCCUCCCAAGGAUUCGGCAUCCCCUCAGACAACCCCCCUUCGAACCCCCCAACUUUUGCUAAUCCCCCUGCAACAUCUGGUCCCCAGUCGAAUCCUCUUUUGCCAUUGUCCUCAUCCCCCAAUGUCAAUUUGCAGUCUUCUCUGGAACAGUCGCUGAAGCUACCAGCCUUUGAGAUCCCCACCUUUCAUGGCGAGAUCGAUAGCUUCUUCGAGUUCUGGGACCUUUUUUCAACGGCUGUACACAAUAACACCAACGUGCCAGUGCCAAUCAAGUUUAUGUACUUGAAGUCCCACGUGCGAGGACCUGCUGCGAACAUCAUCGCCGGCUUUCAAUCUACGGCAGAGAAUUACGACCAGGCAGUACGUAUUUUGACGAACACUUAUGGUCGACCGGAGAUCCUUCGUAAUAAGCUCUGGGACAAGCUGAUGCAUCUUCCAUCAGCUUCGGAGUCGCCGUUGUCACAACGCGCGACACUGUGUGCUAUCAGAGCCACAUGGACCCAGCUGCAACAUCUAAAAGAGGACUCCAGUGCGAUCGGCACGAUUAAGAUCAUUCGUGCGAAAUUUCCCCGGCGUACACGCGAGAGAAUAGGUGAAUUUAAGAACAAAGGAGACCCGAUGUGGACAGUCGAUGAGUUGCUUAACACGCUGGAUACCAUCAUUGAUCGACUUGAAAACGUAGAAGAUGCGGACCCGUCGGAUUCUCACUCUUAUAACACUCAGUCUGCGAUUCGCCAUUCUCCUUCACCACCUAGACAUCAAGGCGCGAGCCGAACAAGUGAAGCGUUCACGCGCUAUCGUUCACCAUCGUAUUCUAGAUGUUCGUCUGUGUCGCGCACUCCGUCUCCCCGCGGUAGAGAGGAUAGAUCGUCUACACCAUAUCAUUCUAGGCGUACCUCCAAUACUUCUGGCAGAUCGCGAUACGAAAGGUUCCUCGAGUCGCAGUGUCUCUUUUGUCACGAUUUUGGACAUCCGUUAGAUCGCUGUAGAACCGUACCCACUGUCAGACAACGUAGAGUGUUUGACACUCGUAAUAGGCUUUGCUGGCUUUGUCUACACCCGAAUCAUACCUACCUCGAUUGUGACGCUCCAUUCUGUUCAUACUGUGGCAACAUACAUCAUAAGGCACUCUGUCUCGAACUUUCUUCUUUGCCUCGAUCACCAUCCCCGCAGAGCAGAAGGAACUUCUAUCAAGACUUGCACCGAUCUCGAUCGCCUAGACGCGUGCAAUUUGGUCAGGAAGUUGACGGAUCCCCAUCUCGUACGGAUACUCCUUACCCACGUGCAUCUUCGCGCGAGUAUCAGUCGAGAUCACCACCUUCGUCGAGACGACAGCAUUCUGUUCCAUCAUCUAGACGUGCUUCACCAGCGCGCAGAUCGUGUAGUCCUACUACGGCAGUAAGUAAUAGUUGCAUUUUUAAUGCUUCUUACGACACCAUGGACGAACGGAUAGACGCACUGAUUGACUUUAAACGCCCCAGGCGCGCAUUCGCAGUCAUCGUGCAUAUCAAUCCGUUACGAGAAGUCAACUUCAAGAAAGCCCCGUCUUAUGGUAGUCCAAGUAACAACUACAAACACUAG